CUGGAGGGUGAUGAUGUCUCUGAAGUCUGGGCUGCUCGCUGAGAGCACGUGGGCCUUAGAUACCAUAACUGUCCUGCUCCACGAUGACAGCAGCGUCGCGUCCUUUGAGCUCAGGCAGCUGCCAGGCCUGCUGGAAGUCCUGGUGGAGUAUUUCCGGCGCUGCCUGAUCGAGGUCUUUGGAGUCCUGGAGGAAUACGAGGUGGGAGACCCAGGGCAAAGAGCACUCUGUGGGUUGGAGAGCGGCCACCAGCUCUGGCAGCUGGGUGGCGGAAAUACCACUGAGCACAUCCAGACCCACUUUGAGAGCAAGAGGGAGUGCUCCGCAGCUGAGAGCGGUGGAAAUGCUCGGGCAGGGCAGGCUCCUCCAUCUGGCAGCUCCUCAGCAGUUCUGGAGGAUGAACCUCGCCGCAGAGAUGAGACACCCCUCUGCCUCACCCACGACUGGCAGGACUCUCUGGCGAAGCGCUGCAUCUGCGUCUCCAACAUCAUCAGGAGUUUGUCGUUUGUGCCGGGCAAUGACACUGAGAUGUGCAAACACGCCGGGCUGCUGCUGAUCCUGGGGAAACUGCUGCUCUUACACCACGAGCACCCUGAGCGCAAGCAGGCAGCCCUGAGCUCUGAGAGAGAGGAGCUGGAGCAGGACCAGGGGCUGAGCUGCAGCCAGGAGGAGUGGUGGCGGGACUGCCUGCAGGCGCUGCGUGAGAACACACUGGUGACGCUGGCCAACAUUUCUGGCCAGCUGGACCUGUCCCCUCUCCCAGAAAGCCUCUGCUUGCCCAUCCUGGAUGGACUCCUCCACUGGGCAGUAUGUCCAUCAGCAGAGGCCCAGGACCCUUUUCCAGCGCUGGGGUCGAAUGCCGUCCUCUCCCCUCAGAGCCUGGUUUUGGAAGCACUCAGCAAACUCAGCACCCGGGACGCCAACGUGGAUUUGAUUCUCGCGGCUCCCCCCAUCAGCCGCUUGGAGACGCUGUACAGCACCCUGCUGCGUUUCCUCCGCGACAGAAAGAGCGCGGUGUGCCGAGAGAUGGCCGUGGUCCUGCUGGCCAGCUUGGCACAGGGACACAGCCUGGCAGCCAGAGCAAUUGCUUUGCAGGAGAGGAGCAUUGGCGACUUGCUGGGCUUCUUGGAGGACAGCCUGGCCGCCGCGCGGUGCCAGCAGAGCCAGGCCGGCCUGGUGCACGAGCAGAACGCGCCCUGUGAGCCGGCGAGCGUGGACAUGAUGCGCCGAGCUGCUCGGGCGCUGCUCGCCCUGGCUGAGGUGGACGAGAGCCGCUCGCAGUUCACGCUGCAUGAGUCGCGGCUGUUGGACAUCUCCGUGUCGCCCGCGGUGGAUUCCUUGGUCUCCCAGGUGAUCUGUGAGGUGCUGUUCUUAAUUGCCCGGCCCUGACAUCUGCGAGGUGCAGCUCACCCUGUGUGAGCGUGUGUGAGCAGGGAACUGAGAAGCCAACGGUUGCCCUUUAUUUAUGCACAAUUGCCUCGGGAAUCCACUGCCUGCGCUGUCCUGCUUCUCCCUUGGAGGAUGAUGUCCCCAUUCCCUUUCCCCUUCUCCUGUUCUUCAAAUUUGUCCUAAAUCCCCAAAAUCCCCAAUUAAAAGAGACAAAGUUCUCUCUACACGGAGGACUCUUAAAUUUUGUUUUAGCCAAAGUUGCUGUC